UAGAGUUAAACGGUGUCCUAUUUUCCCCCACCCUAAUACAGAGCAAAAGUAUUUAGUGGCAAUUUUGGAUACUUUCUAGCGAUGCAACCACAGUGAAAGUUGUCCUCUAUAAUGCCUUUGUUUUCCACAAUGUUCUUUAAAAGCGUUGUGUAAUUAUAGUUUCCAGAUUAUGUUGCGCAAGCGCAUUGGGAAAAAUGUUUUUCGGCAGGGGAUGCACCUUAAUCGAUCUGUUUGUUUAAUGACAGAAACAAAGUCUCGUGAUUUGAUCACAGGAUAUAAAUAAGAUAAGAUAAGUAUCUUAUUUAUUAGUUAUUACAUUAUAAGCUUUCAAUAUGUUUAGUUCGCAUCAUGUACUCAACUGUAGUCACGACAUACCUCCGAACAUUACAACGCAUUUUCAGGAGUUAUCAACCGGUGAACUUGUCGUGGUGGGAAUCUAUUCAUUUCUACUUUUACUAACAUGGCUCAUAUACAUCUAUGAUAAUGUGUACAAACAUAGAUACUCUAACACCAAUGGGCCACUUUACAGAAUGAAGUACAUACAGGCAGUAUAUGUUGUGUAUUCCACCAUGGCAUAUCUGGCUUUAAUAUCGCCACGAUCAAGUAUUGUUUGUGAACUUGUAUUUGCCAUUUACAUCUCAUUUGCAUUGAAAGAGUUCAUGUGUUUCAUGCUUGAAUUGAUGCAAGAAAAUCAACCCAAUGAAUGUGAAACUGUCUCUCUAGCAGCCACCCCACUUGCUUGCUGUUGUUGGUUGUGUUGUCCGAGAGUUAAAGUCAGCAAAACUUUCAUUCUUGGCAUUAAGUUUGGAGUCUACCAAGCUGUUGUGCUUCGACCUUUAUUGGCUUUCAUUGAAACCAUUUUGUGGUCAAAUGGAUUUCUAAAGUUUGGUGUUGAAACCAAAGCUGGUCAAGUCAUUGAAUUAGUGAAUGGAAUUAGUAUUUUAUUUGCCAUGUAUGCCUCUGUGCUUAUGUUUUAUGCAAGCAAGAACAGUACAAGUCAAUUUUUUAUCAACGCCAAGUUUAUUUGCAUUCAAGUAAGGUUUUGAAUAGCUUUUUUUUA